CCGGGAGGUUGUCUGGAUAAAAAGUUUGCGGUGGUGAUCUGAGCUAAGUGAAGACAAGAGGUGGACAUUAUUGUGAAUCUGUAUCCGUGCGAGUAUGAACGACGCAGAAGAGCAGAGCGCCCCAUCGUCGGCACCAGUGGAAGAACCGCCACAGCUGGAGAGAAAAAUUAUAGCCUCUACAGUCCAAGGCACGGUGAAAUGGUUCAACGUGCGCAAUGGCUAUGGCUUUAUCAACAGAAACGACACCAAAGAAGAUGUCUUUGUUCAUCAGACUGCCAUCAAGAACAACAACCCCAGGAAGUUCCUUCGCAGUGUUGGAGAUGGGGAGGUGGUGGAGUUUGAUGUGGUCGAGGCCACCAAGCUCUUUCCCCUCUCGCAGGGCUCUGAGGCAGCCAACGUGACCGGGCCUAGCGGGGUUCCUGUGAAAGGCAGCCGCUAUGCGCCCAACAAACGUCGCUUCCGCCGCCGCCGCACCUCCCCUCGCAGCCCUCAGGCCGAUGAUAAGGGUGACGGCACCUCUGUCCCCACCUCGGAGGGCGAAGGGGAGAAUGGCAGAGGGGAGAAUGGUGGUGAACGACCCGCACCGCGACGACGCAGGCCCCGCCGACCCAGACGGGAAGGACGAGAGGGCGAGUCAGGGGAACAGGAGGGAGCAGUGGAAGGCGACCAGCAGAGGCCACCACUGCGCAGGUUCAGGCCCCAGUACCGCAGGCCAUUCCGUCCUCGCCCACCCCCUGGGGAGGGUAAGCAGGAUGGCAGCGCCCCCACCGAGAGGCAGGAAGGCCAGGCAGCGGACGGACAGAAAGAGGUGGAGGCCCAGCAGACAAACGGGAAGCAGGCCAACGAAGACGGCCAGAAACCCCGCCGACAGUUCAGCCGCCGCAGGCAGAGGAACUCUGAGUCUAACACUGUCUCUAAAGAUGGGACAGAGAAGCCAGCCUUGGGGCCUAGCACCACCCCUCAGACCUCCAAGCCAGCUGAGGUCAAAGCCUCCCCCAAGUCUUCACCUAAAGGCUCCCCCAAGAUGUCCCCCAAGUCCUCCCCCAAAACCAUCCCCAAAUCACCAGAGCCACCUGCCACGACAGUUCCCGUGGCGGCAGAAUGACGCCUCUGAGCAGAUGGUGUCACGUGACCCCAGGCAAGCGGUGGACUCCACGCUAAACUGAUGCAACCUUUCAGGGGUUGGGUGGAGGAGGGGUUUGGGUUACGCCUAUUGCACUACAUUGCACUACAAAACCGCAUCGUAGGCCAUAUUGUAGCUGAUGUCACUAGUAUGUGACCAUUUAGUUCCUUAAGUAAUUAUUUUUCUACAUGGGUUUUUAGAGGAAUUACAAGUCUUUUGAUGGAAUGGAAAGCACCAGGUGGAUUUUGCUUUUCCUGUGUCCUUUAUAAUUUUGGGACAUUCUGGCAUUCAAUGAAUGCCCACCUAUAUUACAGGUGUAAUUUGGUUGCCAAUUGAAGACUCAAAUCCUGUGGGACCAACUGCUUGUUUUGAGGUUGGAAGUUUUAAGUUGUGGCAUUUUUUGUGUUCAGUUUAUUUUGUUUUAAUGUCGGGCUCUUUCCUCUUGGCAACCUGUUGGUCUCGCUCUGUAGGUCCUAUGGACCGUUAGACGCAGUCCCCCAUCUAACAGUACAUACCCACCUGACUUGUCUACACACUGCGUAUGGGGAGGAGGAGAAGAGAGGAAGGGAUAUAGUGGGUUGUCUGUUUACAAUUGAGAAAAUACUCAUUUUAGAAGAGAGCGUGAACCUGCUUGGAUGCCCAUUUAAACCACAAAACCCACAACAAGUUCUUUAAUUGACUGAGAAUGGGCACAAUCAAUAGAGUGGCUCCAGCCUCUAUUUAAGUUUGAUAACAUGAAAGCAAAGCAGGUGUGAGUGUAGUGGUACAGUCUAGGACCUGACCCCGCCCCCCCCCCCCAGAUUCUAAAACAUGCUGCUGCCCAUCCCCCCUCAUAAAGGCAUGAGGCUGGUUUAAAGAUAUAUUGUAAUUGUAAUUUUUUGGUUUUGUAUGUGCUUGUUUGGAGGGGAUUAUGUGCAAUGUCAGUAUCAGAAUGUCUAUAAAAAUCAUGUUUGCAAAGA